GAAAAUUUUAACAUAGGUGCGCCAUUAUAGAUUAUCUAGAUCCAAAAAUUCUUAAGAGCCCUUCUUUUCACACUUUAACAUCAGUUUUUAAUCUUUGUCCGUGCUCUUGUUUGUUUGAUAAUAAGGUUGCCAGAUGUCUAGGCAGGUGUUGGAUUCUGUAGACUCACUAUCGCUUCCUUCUGAGCCUCCUCAUAUUGGAAAUUGGUUCUCAAGCUAUGCGUAUGAAUCACUGGUUUUGAGUGGGAUUGAUGAUUUAAAAGACACUGAUGGCUCCAGAAAAAUUGAUGCUGGAGAUGGCAGAAAAAGAAAGAUAGAUGAUAAUUCUUUGCUAUGUGGUGAGAGUGUAGCUUCACAAGGAGAUAUCGAACUUCCAUUUAAGGUUUGGAGAGCUUCAGAUAAUCUCUCAUUUUCUUCUGCGCUAUCAGAGCCUUUAGAUACCGAGGAUUGUUUCUCAAGUUAUGUACCUGAAACUCCCCUAUCGGCUGAUAGUGAUGAUUUUAGAGUCCCUGAAUCAAUUGACAUCGGUUUCAACGAGGAUACUAGCUCCAGAGGAUGCAAAGCAGGCAUCAACAGCAAGGAGGAAUAUAAUUCUGCUGAAAAUCGAACAAAUGGGAAAAGCGAUAGUUUGUCUUCUGGUUUCAAUGCAGCUUUGAAGGGCCUUGCUCAGUGUACAAACUUUGUUGCAGAUAACAAAAGGAUAGUUCAGGAUGUGGACUCUUCAGAUGACAUUUCACUUGCUUCAGAACCUCCAGACAUUCGGAACUGGUUCUCUAGCUAUGUUUACGAAUCUCCAAAUGUGGAUACUAUUCAAGAUUCCAUACUUCCAGAUCAUGAGAAAGAAUUAGAUGACAAAGUGUAUAGUGGCUUUGGGGAACCUCAGAAUUCGAGGAAUUCAUUAGGAACUGGUUUUAUCCACAAUGAGCAUCGACCUGUCUCAAAGGAUCUGGAUGCUGAUGGCCCAAAUAACACAGGAGUGUCCAAUGAAAUGUCUCUUGAAAGGAUUUCUCAACAUACUCCAUAUUACAAGACAAUGCAGAACAGCAAAUGUGGUUCACCAAGAUACAGUGACAUGGUAAUUGAAGACAGUAAAACCGCUGGAGACAAUUCGGAGACUAUGUCCCCUCAAGAAACUAACUGCAAAGUAUCCCGUAUCAUUAAUCAUUCAAGCUCCGAAGGUGAAAAAUUAUAUCGACAUGCAAUUCACAGGAAGGAUUCUGCAGAGAACAGCUCAAAAUCUGAAGAUAUUGUUGAACCUGCUGAUGAUGUGGAAUUUAAAAGUAGUUCAGAGACAAGUGUGUUAAGUCAGAAGCUAUCCAAAAGGCAAGCUGAGGAAAUGAUGGACAAAGAAAAUCAUAUAAAUGACUUACAAGAGAAUGGUUUUAGAUCAACCAGAAAAGGCAGAAAUAACCAAGUGCACAAGGAAAGUCCUUUGCCAAGGCCUGCUGCAGAGCAGUCUCCUUUAAGUGGGGUUACUGUUGCAUCAAACUGCCACAAGCAUGGUUUAACAAGAAAGGCACUUGCAGAAACAACCAACUUGAAUCCUAGUGUUUUGGAGACAACAGGAAAAUGGCGGUGCCCCCAGAGGACUAAGCCAAAUCUUGGUCCUCCUUUAAAGCAGCUUCGACUAGAGCAAUGGGUUCGUCGAGCUUAAGUCUAGUACAUUAUCAUGAAGAGAAAUAUGGAUAUCAAGAAUGGUAGAAUUCAAAAUGGUUGUCGUAUGUUAGCUAGUGAAAGAUGUGAAAACAAGUCUUGGCACAAUGAUAAAGUGCUCUUUUGGGUUUUGAAAUAGGGAAACACUUUCUUUGCAGAAGUCUAAGGGCAAAGUUGCAUCUGAUGUACACUCCCCUUACCCUACGCUAGUAGGGUAAUAUACUUGCAUAGGGUAAGGGCCUUAAGGUGUUAGUUAAAAUGAAAGAUGUAUAAGAUCCAAGGCUUCUACCUCA